AUGGAGGCGAGCGGCAGCGUCCGUGUCUUUGACGGCACGACCGACUUCCGCGUGUGGCGGGCGCGGGUGGAGAACGAGCUGAUGCGGUACCAUCUGCUGGGUUACGUUAUGGUGCGUGGGUACGAUGGGAGUCAGGCGUUCGUGUACAAUGGGGAGGAAGUACCGCCCCGGACGCUGAUGAUUCAAGCGGAAAACGAGCAACUGCAGCAGCAAGAACAGCAACAGCAGCAAUUGCAGAUGGUGAAGGAAGAAGCGCCACGUGGGGACGCGGCGCCGGUCCCGCCACCGACAAAACUCAGUCGAUGGGACGUGCUUGGCGAAAGUGCCGAGGCCAAGAGCAUUCUCCAGCGCUGUCUGCAUCCGGACGUGGAAGGCGCGAUUCUGAACAAGAACAUCUACGACAGCUGGAAAAUGCUCUGUGCCUUGUAUGGCAAUCGGAGCAGUCACGGUGCUCAUGACGUGAACGAGAUGCAUCGAGUGCUGCAUCAUAUUCGAUUGGGCGACAAGAAGGGCGAGCCCGUGCGUGAGUUUGUCACACGGUGGGAGAUGCUCAUGCAGCAGUAUGCACUGGCGACAGGGAUUGAGCUCACGGACGGCUUCCGCUCGGUCUCGUUCGUGCAGACGCUGCCAAGUGCGUGGAGAGCUAUGGUCACAUCAUGGCGAGGUGUCCGACCUUUUGUGCCAUAUUCUGAACUUGUCGAGAAAGUCAUUGCAACGCGCGACAAGAUGCAAGCACAGAUGGAGACCGCAAGCGCGACGAACUCGUUACUGGCAAAACCGACUCGCGGGCCGACCGAUAGUUCACUCACGUUGCGAAUCGCACAGUCGCCGAGACAAUCAGUUGACAAGUCCGCUGCGGUUGAACCGGUCACUACGCCCGUCACCAGGGCACUACAAAAGACAGUAUACGAAUCAGGGGACGAUCGAAGAGCCAAGUCAGCGAGCGAGUUUUCUGAGAAUGCGAUUGAGAAGCCAGCUAAGCACUCUCGUGGAACAUCCGUAUCGGCAGAAAAAGCUGCAAGGCCCAGUAAGGCCGCUCCAUCGCCGACUGAGGCGACGAGCGGAGCAAGUGAUAACGUGGAACCUACUAGCGGUGGCACCUCGUCAGCGACAGUUUCAGGAAAGAGCAAGACGUUGAGUAGAACACGAUCGGCGGACAGCGUGAGGAAAGCGCCAGCCGAGCGGCCGACUGCAUCCCGAUCGUCUAAAUCUCAAAAGCCCGACAGCAGACAUGAGAAGAACGAUGGAUACGAGCCACGCGAGCGCUACGAGAAGUACGACUUAGCGCCAGGCUAUGACGAGUAUGAGUUCAACAGUCGCUAUGACAAGUACGUCUCCAAUAGUCGAUACGACAGGUCUCCACUGAAGUCUCGUAGUCGAUGCGAGAAGAAGUACGAGAGCUACGAUCGCUACGACGGCAAAAAUGGCUUCGUGUCGUGCUUCUACUGUCUCAAGUUGGGUCACCACAUGAAGCGGUGCUGGUACCUCGAAGCUGACAUUGAGAACGGCACGACGCACGAUCCGCACAAGAAGUUCUCGUGCGCGCUGACCCCCGAGAGGACGCGGUUCAUGGUCAACUGCCUCGAAGCUUACAUUGACGAAGUGAACCGAGAGCGCGCGAUCUACGAAAUGUCGGCGUCAAUGGCAGGGCCACGCAACCACGGCGGCGGCUACGAAUCCCGAGCCAUGGAGGGCAUGGGGCGUGAUUACCAUUCCCAGCACCACCAGCAUCACCACCACCACCAGCAGCAACAGCAGCAGCAACAACAUCAGCAGCAGGAGCAGGAAUCGGUACCGCCGCCUCCUCCCGGCCAGCCGCCAGCCAACGCGCUCCAUCAGCAGCAGCAGCAACAACAGCAGCAGCAGGAACCUUCUGGCGGGGCCGAACCGUCGGACUAUCGAAAGCGCUCGCAUAGCGAAACCUCGGACCGACGCAAGCGCUCGCGCAGUGCGUUCCACGCCAAGACGGACGGCAGCAGCGCGUCAUGUUCUCAAGACCCGUGUCCCGGUCCAUCGCACCGAUCAGGAGACACUGGAGUCGAAGCGCUCUCGCCCCGUAAACGCUCGCGGCCGCCCGGGAACUUCAAGUCGCUGUCCGCCUCGGACGACUGA